CAGGCAGCUACCUACCUAUACUUUGCUGGAAGUCGAAGCGACGCCGUGAAUACUGAAGUAUACGCAGUAACAGUUUACUGCAGCGAUUAGUGCUUGUAACGAGUCGGAGGGCUCGCGUUUGGCACUGCCCCACCGUUGCUUGCGGACGGCAUAACUGUAUCCGUACCCUGCAUAUCAAUGCUUAUCCCUCUGGACACCAGGGAGCCAGGACUUAGAAGACCACGUCAAAUGUGCGAUAUGAGAUGAAGAACCGGGUUUCAACAUGGCUGAACUCAUACACGACCUCCUGUCACGCUCAGGGGCUUCCGACUCCUCACCGGUAGCUGAUGCAACCUCGCUGGAGUAUCUGACGACGCUCGCUUCUCAACCCUUCUCAUCCCUAGACAGUACAGAGCCGCAAUCACUCUCCCAAGCGUCUCAUUCACUCUUGCUCUCACUCCAAUCCUUGUCAAAAAAGUCUCACAAACCGAUCAUCGAAUCUGCGGCUCACCAUUCCACUCUCCACAAGUCCCUGCCCUCGCUCGCUGCGAGCACUGCAGAGCUUCGGAACUCAAUUCCAAGACUUGAUAAGGAGGCAGUCCGCUUCUCCACCACCUAUAACAAGAGCAGCGAAAAUGAGGUUCUUGCGAGGAGGAAGAAAGCGCUGCUCCUCUCGAGGAACGUCGAGCGCCUGGUCGACGUGCUCGAGCUUCCCCCGUUGCUGUCGUCGGCCAUUUCAACGGCGCCAGUCAACUACUCGUCCGCCAUCGACCUGAACGGGCACAUCCGCAGGCUGCAUGCUCUCUAUCCGCAGUCCGCCCUGGUGACAUCGAUCUCCGCCGAGGCUGACGAGUCGAUGCGGACCAUGGCGGCGGAUCUCAUCCGGUCCUUGAAGGCGCCAAACCUGAAGCUUGCAGCCUCGCUACGGACCGUCAGCUGGCUACGGCGGUUGCUCCCGGACCUCGAAUCCGCCAGGAGCCCAGGGAAGGGGCAUGAGUCGCAGGAGAGAGUGCUCGGCGCGCUCUUUCUCGUCUGCCGGUUGGCAACGCUCAUGGCGAUGCUGGACGCCCUGGAGCCGCUCCGAGAGCUCGCGGACCAGGAGAAGGGCCGGCAGAAGUCGAUCGGGAGCGGCAAUACCUGGUCGGGAGGGCAGCAGACGGAGCGAUAUCUUAAGCGGUAUAUCGAGAUAUUCAGGGAGCAGAGCUUCGCCAUCGUCUCCAUGUUUAGGAGUAUUUUCCCCGCCAACACACAUCCCGAUGGGGCCCAGCCGCGAAAGCAGGAUGCCUUGGAGCCUCUGCCGUCGGCGUUGUCUACGUUCCCCCUCUACCUAGUGGAUAUGCUGCUGGAGACGUUACGGCUGUAUCUACCGACAGUGAAAGACCAGGCGUCCAGGGACAGCCUGCUGACACAGGUGUUGUACUGCUCUGGGAGUUUGGGGCGCUUGGGAGGAGACUUUGGGUUGUUCUUGGCCGGGUUAGAUGUUGGCAGUGAAGCGGAGGAAGAGUGGGUGGAAGUAAUUAAACGGCAUCGUCUGCUAGCAGGUCGCUUAGAGUCUAUUGUAGGAGACCAAAAAGAAAAGGGGCACAAAUGAAAAGACAGAGACUCUGUCUCGAUUUUCUGCUGUCAAACUAUCGAAAAGACGCGUGACACUCGUAGUGUACUAUACAUCUA